GUCACGCUGAUCAGUGAACAGGGAGGAGCUGUGAAACUUUGCUGAGUGCAUUUAAUUCCUGCGUGGAUGGCACAGACUUCAUGUGAGGGCUGAAGACGCUGUAAUCCCGCUGCUUUAGUAUAGUCUAUUCUGGAUGCGCAAACGUGACAGGUUUUUCCUUAAAGUGUCCAUUAUAAUGGAAAGUUGGAAGAAUCACGUGCGCCAAGGGCUGCAGCAUAGGGACCACAGAGAAAAGCUCCCGUUUGUUGGCGUUUUCACAAGCUUGUCUCAGCUGGAGGAACGCUUUGAACUUCGCGAAGAGAUUUUGGCUGAUGUUCAGUCUCAGAGUUUAGAAAGACAUGGAGUUGAGGUUGGGGGAAACGCCACACUGCUUCGACUCCAGCUGAGAGAGAGUGAGCACCUGGUAGAUAAGUUAUCUCAAACUGUCUCCGACCUAACCACCGUCCUCCAUCUCAAAGAAGCUGAACUACAGUACUGGCAAUCACGUGUGUCUCAGUUCCAUCAAGAGGCACUUACUCUGGCUAAAGGGAGUAACACCCUGAAGGAAGCCCUUUCAGAAUAUGAGUUCACCAUAGAGUGUCAAUCCAAAGAGUUAGCAGCCCUGCGUGUGGAUCGGCAAUGCCUAAAGGAAGCUCUUGCAGAUGCACUGGGAGAGAAAGAACGGCUAUUGCAGCGAUGGAUGGAGGAAAAAAAAGAGGAAGCGGACAGGCUGAAUAAUUACAAUGUCACUCAGGCAAGGUGGCAACAUUUGACCAAACAUCUGAAGAAGCACCUCCAGAAAGGUGUGGGGAAAGAGCGUGAGCCCACACUGACCAACCCUUCCAGUGAUGCAGCACAGUCUACAUCAGCCAUUCAGAGGAUCAAUAUUCCAACAGAUAUGCACAGUGGACUCCCAGACCAGUGUCAUGUCUCGGGUCCACCACAGGCCUAAUAUUCCCUUCAGAUCCCAGGGAGAACUUUUUUUUUCUUCUCCCCAGUGCUUAUAGAUGAAAUGAUGACAUAAAUAAUGAAAAUGUAGUUUGUUUUUCUUUCGUUAGGACAAAUUGCUCACAUGGAUCUAUUUUAUUUUUAUUAUUUAUCUAAAAAUAUAUUUAAAGAUCCACUAUACUAUGCAAAUGUGUUUGUGACGUAUAGUUAGUGCCUAAUUUUACAUCACAAGUCACCCUGAAGUUUAGCUGAUCACAUGUGGACGUUGUCUUCAUGAUCAACGCUUCAAACCCUUCUGGUUCUAUGAUUCUUUUUCUUUUAAUAAAUUAACCUUUGAAACAACUUCAUCUGGUUUUCAGUUGUUUGAGGGUUUUUUUUUUUAACAUUUUAAUUACUGUUCAACAAAUUAAACAUUUAAUAAUUUUGAAAAAUCAAGCUCAGUGUUAGUUUACUGUACACUCUUGUAUGUAAUUAUGUGUUACUGUCUUCUUUAUCACCUGUAAAAGAAAAUAAAGAGACUUUUAUGCCUAUUUUUUUUUUUUUAAU